AUGUCGAUAUCCCAAAGCAUGGCAGGAUCAGAAGUAUCCCCAGCUCAAGUCAUACUUUUGGCAGUCCAACUAGCCAGCAAGGCGGAUAUAUCUGCUCUCGAAACCCUCAUCUCUCACAAUCGGAAGACGCUCCCCUUGGAGCUUACCUUGCGGAUUCUUCUAACUCACUUGCCAGAGAGUCUCGAGUCCGUGACCUAUGUCCCAUUCCUGGAGAGGCUGUACUCUGGGGUCCUUACCUCAGUUCCGGAGUUCCAAAUUGAUAAAUAUGUGCUCGAUGACCUCACCGACGCAGAGGCAAAGAAGAAAGUUCGAAAGUUACAUUUACUUCCCUUGACCUGGCCGUAUGAUCCGGCCGACGAGCCUCUAGGCCCUCUUGUUCGAUUUCUUGUUCUUCGAUCGUUAAGGGUUGACGAAAAUACUGGUUUGAUCACUCAAUUGCCUGCGCUGCUUGGUCCCUUUCUUCACCACUCGACGUUCCUUCGUACCUGGCUGAUUUCGUCGAUCCUCCCGCUCCUCCGAUUCAACUAUGAAUACCAUCCCGAAGAUACCUUAUUUCUCACGAUUCCUGCGUUCGAGCAAUUAGACGUUGAAAGUGGAGUUAACCUGUUACUCUCGCGGACUGGCAUAAAUGGAAAUGGCAACGGAACAACAGUUGGGCGAGAUCUUCGGGGCUUGGUUGGGCCAUGGAUGUAUGGUGGUAAUAAACGAAAACGGAAAAACUCCCGAACGAGCUCUCAAGUCGGAUUACAACCCAUUGCCGCUUUAGACGAGGGCCAACACGCAAACGAGAAGUGCGCGGGAUGGGAGGAGGUAUUCAAAUGGAUCAUACAGCAGGCAGGUACAGCAUGGGAAACAGUCGUGGAGGUCGUUGAACAGUGGGAUGGCCCAGGAGAUGUAGACCUUGGAGUAUAUGGAGAUGGGACUGUCGGGUUCGAGGAGAGCGAACAGCAACAUCUUGAGAGACGAUAUGGCCGAUCAGCAAUUGCUGCAGCAUACCUCAUCUCUGACGAAUCCGUGGAAGCGUUGGCAGGUGUUCAUCGCAUUUUGACCAGAAUUACCACCCUCUUGGAUCAAGAUAGGAUCCCGACAUUACAGACUGCUAUCUCCCUGCUCUCUCCUGUAUCGGGUUUAGACGAGAAAAUCCUAUCUAAAGAUAACGUGGUAUAUCUUCGAAAUGGUCUCCUUGAUGAACACAACUGCCUGACCCGCCCAGGUGAAACAUCCGCCCGGUUACUACACGCAUUAAUAAUAUCUGCUUAUCUAUGUAUGAGGGUUGGGUACAACUUCACGGUCAGGAGAGCCGGCGAACUUGUACUCCUCCAAGAGCAGCGCGAACAGAAAGUUGAGUUUAAUAAACUAAUGCGGCAAGUUUCCAAUGGGCCAAAAGGGGAUGACAGGUAUUGGAUAAAGCUGAGGAGCGAGAUAUUAUGGCUGCGCAGCUGGGGUGCCGAGGAACUUCCGGAGGGUGCAGGUGAUACUGUGGGAAGGGGCGUUUUUGGGCAACUUUCGAAGGCUUAUGUCGAGGCCGAGAUUCUUAAACUCUUCCUCUCCAACAACCGAUAUACCCUCGCUCGGUCAAUUUACGAGACAUCCCCAGAUCGGCCACUGUCAAACGAGCUCUUAGUGGAUACUACUAUCGCUGCAGCUAUGAAUGCCUAUGAUAAUGCAACGAAUGCCAACAAAACCCGUGGCGGCGUCAAGAAGUGUAAUGAUAUAUUAGAAGCAUUUCCUGAUACGCUUGAGGACUCUCUUGAUAAAGAUCAAGUUAUGAGUCUUAUCAACGUUACACAUUGGAUUGGUGAAUAUCGACUGGUCUUCAAACAAGGCGAGCCAUUCAAGCCUGUUACCCUUCGUGUAUAUGGUGAUCCUAUAUCGAUAAUCGGUAAAAUCCUCGACCAAAACCCCAAAAGCUACGCGAAAAUAAACAAUCUGGUUAAUAUCGGCAAGGAGAUGGUCAAGGCAGGCCUGAUUCUUAGAGAAUCCAAUGGCCGUGCUAGAAAGCCUUUUGACUACGAGCGCAAGGAGCAAUUGCUAAUCGCCGAGAAACGGGUCGUCAGCAUGUGUAUUGAUGCGGCUCUGGCUGAUGACGAUUUUGAGACGGCUUAUUCUUAUGUGGUGACUCGUCUGAAAGAUAUUGCUGGCCCAUCACAUUCCCGCUCUCCUGCCCUUGAGAAGACACAAUCUGGGCUUAUGGCGGAAGUGCCACCGAAGGUGGUAGACGACUGGUCCUGGCGUGCAGCUUUGCAAGCUGGUAAGUAUCGACGAAAUGCAGCCACCACCAAGCCCACCCAUUUCGGCAACUCAAGUGGAAAUCUCGAAAUCCGUCACCUAGAGCAACGGAUGGAAUGUCUUUCCCAGGCCCUUCGAAUUGCUCCGAAGGCCACUCUUCAGGAGAUUUUGAAUGCAUAUCGGCGCUGUGAAGAAGAACUAGAGUCACUCGUGCAGCAGGAAGUGGAGCAAGAAGCUGCGUGGGACGCUCAGGGUGACGAUCAACAGGUUCCGGGGGGCUUUAAAUCUACCCCCAUGAAGCAGAACAAUACCGUGAGCAGUACUUCUCGGGCUACGGGCGCUGCGGAAGAAGCUCCAAUGUCUCUGUUUGAUCUUUCGCGAGCAAGCAUGGCUCGAGCGCAGAGUGGCUUUUCAGCCUUAUCAAUGCUGAAGGGAAAUGCUACUUUAGAUAUGAACGAAACGGGGCACACCAACUCUGAGGAUGCUGGUGGGCCGACGACACCGAAGCACGCUGUGCGGAAGAGAGAUCAACUGAAGAAUGUUGCGGUUGGGAGCCUGGCGUCGGGCAUUGGUUGGCUCAUAAAUGCACCACCUGUUAAUACAAAUAGCGACGAAAGCGAGGGUCAUUGA